GGUCAAAGUGUCAAAUGAGGAAAUGAAGAAAAGCAGAAGUUUGUUCAUCUUUUGCUCUGAACAUGAUGAAGACUUCGUUCGUCCUCUCAGGUGCGGCUGUGCUGCUGCUGUGUGGAGCGACGGUCUGUGCAGUGUCGAUCCUCAUCCAUCCAGAUCUUCAGCAGUUCCAUCCGGGGCGGUCCAUCACUCUGAGCUGUCCUGCAGACGGACACUCAGCAGAUGAGGGGUCUGUCGUGUGGAGGACAGUUGGAAACCAGACUCAGAGGUGUGGUCCACAUCCAGAAGACUUCUGGGUUCUUGAUGGUUCGUCCUGUAGGUCCUCAGGCCUCUUUCCAACAGACUCUGGAGUUUACUGGUGUCAAACCAGAGAUGGACAGAAGAGUGACGUCGUCCCCAUCUUUGUCUCUGCUGUACUGAUUCUGGAGAUUCCUGCACUUCCUGUGUUGGCAGGAAGUGAUGUCACUCUGCACUGUCUGGGUCCAGAUGGUUCCAGAGUCUCAGCAGAUUACUACAAGAGUAAUACAAAAACUGGAUCAGGAUCAGGAUCUGGAUUUAAAAUCACUGGAGUCCAAAAGUCUGAUGAAGGUUUUUACUCGUGUUUGGUUGGACAGACUGAAUCUAAACGCAGCGAGCUGAGGGUCAAAGCUCCUCCUUCAACUCCUCCUCCUCGCAACACCUCUCCUCCAGCGCCCCUCCCUGUCCUCUCAGGUGUCCCCCUGGUGAUCGUUGUCCCUGUGGUGUCUCUGGUUCUGCUGGUUCUGAUGCUUCUUUUUGGUGAACUUCUGCUGCUGUGGACAAAACAAACAGGAAAGUGAUGCCAGCAGCUGAUUGGACGACUUUUCUAUUUUUAGACAUUCUGGUUUAUUAUUUGCUGUUUUUUUGUUCUGUUUGCUGUAAACUGUUUUGUUUCCAUUAAACUGCUCUGUCUGUUUGUUUGUUUGUAACCUGAUAAAUUAAAUGUUUGUGGACAAA